AUGCCCAUAACCCGGGCCCGCACGUCUAGCGCGACGCGACCCACGGGCGCCCCGCGCUCGAAUACCUCGCAGCGUCUGACGCUCGCGCGCAAUACCCUGACCCUUGUAUCGAAAUGCACCUUCUUGAACCUGCCCAAUGAGCUCAUCUGCGAGAUCCUCGCUUUGUUAUCUGCACACGGCCUUGCUGCAUGCAUAAGGACUUGCCGAUAUUUGAAGACGAUCGUCACAAAGACGCACCGGCUCGCUCUCGGUUAUGCUCUCGCUCGAUAUCAGCUUGACUCGACUUCUCCACCAUCCGCCAUCCCUGCCGCCACGCAGCUCAUGGCACUCAACGCCCGCGUGGAUAAUUGGGCACGCCUCAAAUGGCGCGACACCACCAGCGUCCCAAUGCCUGAUGCUGGCGCGAUCUACGAGUUUGUCGGAGGCGUAUACUGUAACGCCCGUGCUGGUCCGGACGAACGUAGAGUGAACGGCGAGAUUCGAUUCUACCAAUUACCCGACGCGUUCGGAGGGAAUCCCAGUGGGAAUGGAAGUGGCGUAGGCAAUGUCGGGAAAUGGAAGGUCGACGUCAGUAAUAUGGUUGUGCUUGACUUUACGGUCGACCCUGGGCAAGACCUCGCUGUGCUGGUCACCAUCGCCGAGGAACCAGUUGCCGGCCGACGCUAUGAACUACAUUUUCGGACACUCUCUUCCGAUGAAGCGCAUCCUUUAGCGCCAGUUUCUAUCCGACCAUGCGCGUUCACCCCCGGACCACAGACCUUAGAAAGCAGUACUACCUUCCGCAUCCUGAUCAUGGGCCCAAUUCUUCUGCUACUAGUCAAGGAUGUCAUGCAUCCUGACAUCGUCCACCUCAGUUUACACAACUGGCAAGCUGGACCUGAUGCCAUCUACACUUUCCCUCCACAGUUGAUCGAAGAUGUUGUCUUUCUCAGUGCUACAGAAUUCUUACUCCUCGUCCCUAACGGCGGCUUCGAGGUAUACACCUUUGCGCAGCCCACUCCGGCAGUGCCUAUAGGCGCUCCGAUAUCACUGCGUCACUUUCAUUUACCCCGACUCAAACCGCAGCACCGCUAUUGGUACUUGACCGCGACCGCGAACCCGCUCCCAGGAUCCCGACCCUAUGACCGCCCUCAAUACACUUCCUCCCCGUUUGCUCCGCCGGCUUCGACGGCAUCGACACCCCGAGCCUCGCCCGAUGAGUGCGAUUCUGAAUCCCCAUUCGUCGGGUCUCCCGCAUGCGAAUCAUCCCGACCAGCGACACCCGCGGAAUCACCGUCUGAACCUUCACAUGCACCAAAUGCGUCCUCUGCAUACUUCCACAACCCUCACGCUCCUCCCGGAUACGUACGGCCUCCGCCCUUCAGCAGCCGUACAGAUGAUGGGCUUCUCGCAAUAGCCAUCGCCACAUUAUCCCCCGCACCGGAGAACCACAUGUCAUGCUUCGUCUUAUUCGUCCGCAUCGCGAAACUACUCGCACUCGCUCGCACUCAGCCCGCCGAUCUUCCUCCUCCAGCGGCCGGCACUCGCGCGCGUAAGCGAAGGACACAGGUCAAACUGGGUGCCUCUUCUACAAUUGUCUCUGGUCCCAGUCUGCCUUCGACCGUGGAGAGCACCUCGCGGGUACGCGGUAGACAAUCGAGUGUCAAGGAUAAGACUCCAACGUGGAAACACGUGGCGUGGAACGAAUGGGGCCCGCCUACAACCAGAUUGUUCAACGAUCUGUUGAGCAGCGAUUGGCAGCACGCGGUUCACGGUUUCCGCACGGCGGAACGUGUGCUUCCGGAUGACGCAGCGUUGCGCGCCUUGUUGCGAGGGCGACCACCACCGCCCGUACAUCCCGUGCGGCAUUGCGUGCGUGUUAGGGACUUCAACCCCACUAUGUUCGCUGGACAAGGUCCUGGAGGCAACCUGGACGACGGAGAAUGGGUAUUCGGCACCGAUGCUGCGCCGUACAGGGUCAUACGGUCGCCCAGCCGGAUCUCGGCUGCGACGAGCGAGACGUUCGCGGAGGAUGUGGAGAGCUGUUUGCCGUAUAGGGAGGCUGUCAGUGAGGAGACGUUCGCUGUGAGCGAUAUCAUGAUGGACGAUACGAGGUUACUGUGCUUGAAGAGAGGUUCCGAUGGCCGACUGGUUGGUUUCGAUGUGCGGACAUUUUAG